UUUCCCGACUAUUCCUGAUUGGUCAAGAUCACAUUCUCUCCCAAGCCCCAAGCCCGCGAAUUUGCCGCGACUGAUCCAAGAUGGUGGAUGAAACCGCUCGAAAGCGGUUCAAACCAAGUGAUUCUAUUCAAAUGAUUACUUGUCAAGGCCCAGUUAAUAUUGCCGUCAUAAAAUACUGGGGAAAGAGGUACGAACGGCUUAUUCUCCCGCUGAAUUCUUCACUUAGCGUCACUCUCGAUAAAAAGGAGCUCCACUCCAUCACAACGGUUGCAGCCUGUGAGAAUUUUUCCGAGGAUUGUCUAUGGCUUAAUGGAAGGAAGCAUAAUGUUGCUGAAAUGCCCAGGAUUCAAAAGUGUUUAUCCAGAAUUAGGGAGCUGUCUCAGGAUGAGAAUUUCAAAAACAGCAAGGGUUUAGAGCUCAGAGGCAGGCACGUUCAUAUCUGUUCAGAGAAUAACUUUCCUACAGCUGCAGGCCUGGCAUCAUCCGCUGCAGGGUAUUCUUGUUUAGUGUUUGCUCUGUCAAGGUUAUUUCAAAUUGAUGGCGAUCUGUCAACAAUUGCAAGGCAGGGUUCAGGAAGUGCUUGUCGCAGUAUGUAUGGAGGAUUUGUCGAGUGGGAAAAAGGAGAAAAGGAUGAUGGAUCUGACAGCAUUGCUAAGCAGAUUGCUACAGAAGACCAUUGGUUAGGAUUGAGAGUCCUGAUUCUGGUGGUGAAUGAACACAAAAAGGGUACAAGUAGCACUGAGGGGAUGAGACGAAGUGUUGAAACCAGCGACCUGCUUAAGUUCAGGUCAGAAUUGUGCGUCCCCAAAAGAAUGGAGGUAAUGAAAAAAGCAAUAUCAGAAAGAGAUUUCAAGACAUUUGCAGAAACUACUAUGAAGGAAAGCAAUCAACUACAUGCAGUGUGCCAGGACACAUACCCGCCAAUAACACCACCAUACAUGAACCAAACCUCACACGGAAUAGUUCAAUUGGUUACACAGUACAACAACUUCUAUCAUGAACCCAAGGUUGCCUACACGUUCGAUGCAGGACCCAACGCGUUUUUGUUUCUGAUGGAAAACGAUAUUGCAGAAGUACUGGCUCUGAUCAGACAUUUCUUUCCCCCAGAAACAGACGCCGGAUUUGUUCAAGGAAUUGAAAUUUAUCCUCAAGCCACGAUAUCAAAGAGUCUUUUGGAAUCAAUAACCAUUGAACCAACCCAGGGAGCUGUGAAGUAUAUCAUUUCAACAAAGGCUGGGAGUGGACCAAGCGAACUUGGACAGGAAUAUAGUCUUUUAGAUGAAAAUGGACUUCCUAAAUCAUGCGAAACUGUCAUUCCACAGUCGAACUUCCCCUAACCGAAACCUCAAGAGUGCAGACGCCUCUCGUAUGCGGACAAAUAAUGAUAACAACAGAUUUUUAAUCUCCCAUGAGCGGAAACCUCCCAACUGGACACUUUUUUCUGGCACCAGGUGUCAACAUUUUGGAGGUUCGACUUUACUACAAUAUGUGAAAUGAUGACUGCUACAGUUGCGGCAGUUGAUAGAGAGUCUCUCGUUUUUUUCAGUUGAAGGGUGAUUGCAACUAGCUGCAGCUAGUAGAUUCACUGAAUUCCGCAAGUUCAGUGCAGUUCGUUGACAAUCACUGACGCACAUGAUGAUAACCAAUGGUGUUAACUUGUGUGUAGUUGAAAGUUGAAGUCGAUCUCUCCAGAAUUUGGUUCAAAACUGACAGCGUAUCUAAUAACAGGAACAUUGUCCUUUACAAGGGUUUCAUCUUGAAUCUGAGUCGGUAACUGCAUGAAAUAAACACCUUGCUUUGUGUGACGAACCCAGUUCAAUUUUGAUGUCCCUUCUGCGAGCUCUUGAUUCUGUAAAAGAAAGAAAGAAAUAUACGAGUGGCUUAAACCGGCACAAAGAGGCAGACAAACAGUUAAGACGCCUCACCUGCUGCAGUCCUGUAGUAACGGUUAGUUUUUCGGUUAAAUGGAAAUCCAUCCAUAUGGCAACUCCAUGAAAAGUACCUGGUCUGUGCAAAGAAACACCAUUAUUUGAAUAAAAUGGACACAAGUUUUUAAAAUA